UAGAGGUAUUAUUUGCACAUAGUUGCACAAGCACAUUGUUUUUUACAACAUCAUACAUAGGAGAAGGAACCAGUUGAGACCACCGUGCCCUAACAAGACGAGUCUACGUUUGUGCCGUCCACGCUGCACUUGUAGUCAGUGAACAUCAAGGGGAAGAUGUUGAGUCUCUCAGCAGCGCCGUCCAAAUGGCGAAGACUAGUGCGGGACUUAGACCAGGGGAUGGAGAGUACCUGGCUUCUACAUGCCCUGCAACAGUACCUCGUCGAACAUGGUCCCGGCAUUCUCUACCACGCAGAAGAGCAUAUGGACCGCAACUUGGCGCACUUAGCUGCAAAAGCCGGAGACCGAUGCUUGGACCUUUUCAAGUUUCUCCUCGACCACGCGCCACGCAUGUGCUUCAAGAGUCGGGAUAAGUACGGCCAAACGCCUCUUAUGUUCGCUCUGGAGAGCGGAGGACUUCGUAUCGCGUGCCUGCUGCUUCAGCGGCAAGCUGAGAUCAAUGGCGGAUGGUUGAACGAGUCCCUGGUGCUACAGAAGCAAACGCAGGACAUCGAAUACGACUUCUUUGCAUUUCCGAUGAUGUACGCAGAGGCGCCAGGUGGCUUUCGCUAUGACUUUCAGACACCAGUCCUCGAGGUCAGGGCAGAAGAAAUGCAAAAUGCUGGUGUGCGUGCUGUGGAUGCGGCAGAAGCAGUCGCAGCGGGAUUCGCCUCGCCCCGAUACGCCGCAACCAUUGCGAAAGUCAAAGAAGAGGAGAUGGAGAGGCAGAAACAAAGAGUAUUUUUUCAAGAACAUCGUCUUCUUAGUCUUUCACAAGGAUGAAUGCGCUUUGAUUUUUCACUAGAUUGAUGAUGCGUCGCCAAACAAGAAUUUGUUCGUAUCAGAAGAUCAAAGUUCGUCUCCUCGAUGAGGAUGGUGACAUCAAAUGCAAGGAGAGAAAUAUGUCCACGUGGUCCACUUGUGAUUAUCUCGUCAAUGUUUUCUAGCGGUGCUAGUGUCCUCAAAAGCCAACACUUCAACACGUCCUUCAAUUUCUUCAGCUCGCAUUGAAGAUAGCAGGCGAGUCGGAUUGGAAGAAUGGUGUGGACGAGCGACCACCGGAGCCGCCACCGCCGCGCAUGUACAAGCCCAUAGAGGACAAUCCUGAUCUGCAGAUUUACACACCCAACCCGAGGCCGCUGACUCCCGCGGGUAGGCCGCGGCCAGAACUCGCGAAGCGCGUGAAGAAUUUGCAUUUGGCGUGGGAACCCCAGAACAUCGUCGACACGACGAGGGUUUCGGUUACCACGACGACGCCGCGCGGUCGCGUUGUGACGAGAAACGACCCUUUUUACUGGAAUGCGACGUUGAAAUUGGGGAUGUUCGCAGACGAAAGCGAAGUCUUCAAAGAUUUCUCGCAGGUGGUGGUGGAAGAAGCAGUCGUGCGAGUUAAAAAACCGAAGAAAAAGAAGAAAAAGCGGCCAAACCAGUGGAGCAUGGGAAGCAUGGGAGAAUUCGCGGGCAAGAAUGUGAAGCCAGUAGGCAUGCCAGAUUCGGAGCGAGCUCGAAGUUUUGCGGCGAAUCGACGUGGGGCGAGCAUUGGGGCCUCCAGUGGUGGGAGUGGUAGUCGAAGUCCAUCGCCUCCUGGAGGCGGCCCGCCACCGAUGAUGGGAGGAGGCUCCAGUGGAGUGCUAGCGAAAGCAGGCGUUAAGGCCAAGAAGAACGAGUUGUUCGUGCUCUUUGUUCUACUCUUGUCAAUAAAGUAAAAGUGGAACUGCAACUAGCUCUCUUUCUUCAUGUCGAGCUCGAGGUCGAAGUCGAUCCUUCUCCUCCUCGUGCUUGUUGUAGCCUCUCCAUUAAAUAUAAGAUACAAGGCUUGUGAUGUGCUGGAUCAUUACUGAUAGAUAUGCUUUUUAGCACUACUAGGUCUAAAUAGAGAAGUGGCGGCUUAUCGGUAAGUGGGGAGCAGUCGACGUCUCCGCGGCAAGGCAGUAAGAACAAUAGCAGCACUUCGACGAGUGGCAAGAAUACGAAUUCUACGUCAUCCUCGUUCAACGCGGCAGUGAAAUUACCUGGGCUAAUCGAUCCGCCGAUAACGCAAGACGUCGACGAACAGGGACGCGACGCGAUCUGGUACGCAGUGAAGAAUAAAAGAUACCGCGUUACCAAGUUCUUGAUGAAGGAACCCCGUGUCACCAGCAAUAUGGAGCUUUUUCGCCUAGCCUGCAAAAUCGGUUGUCGCAUUGGUACGCGGUUGCUAAUUGACGCUAUAGAGCGGCAGAACAACAGCCAACAGGCGAUGAAGUUGACGGCUUCUCCUGGACGUAGUGGAGGAGCCCCUGCUGCAAUUCUUGGCCCGCAAGACCAGACACAAGCAGGCGAAUUGUCCACUUCUCAGUCUUCGAUGUCUCAGCAUUAAGAAGAGCUUCUCAAGUUUUUCCUCCCUCACAUAUUGAUAGAUUAUACGUCCAAGUGGUGCAGUAGAUGGUGCCCCUGUUGCUAUAAUAUCAACUUUAGACUUGAUCUUGAACAACUACGACUCGAUAUUGAUAAUUUCAAGGGGAACAACAACCAACCCGUCGCGUCGUUGGCAUGAUUUUGAUCCCUGAGAACCAUGUCAUUGUUGAAUAUGAGUAGAUAGCGAGGAGACCCUUUUUCAUUUUCUUACCUUGCUCUAAUGUCAGCAGCAACUGAUCCCGAUUGAGUGUUUGCACGACUGCGCGAAGUCUCAGGACGUGAAGGCGUGCAAGCUUCUUCUAGAUCGCAAGUGCUUCGUUGACAGUAGGUACGGAACUCUCAACGACACGCCGCUGAUGGUUGCGUGUCGGCGUAGUGACAAGCGCAUGGUUGAGCUGCUGUUGCAGUACGGCGCGGACGUGACCCUGAAGAAUAAUCUGAACUGCAGCGUCGACAAGAUCGCUUUUGAGCAGUUUGCAGAGGCAAAUCGCUUCGAAAACCGUCUCACGAAUAACGAGCAACUUCUAGUGACGUGCAAAGAGAUUUGCAUUGCGAUCCGCAAGCGAGCAGCGGAACUGGAAGGCAAAAUCUACAUCAUUGUAGACGACCGGAGUCUGGACUACAUGGGGGGCAAUGAAAAAAGACUCAAGGCAGCAGAUCACAACCUGCCGCAGGAUAUCGCAUCUAUUAUGCCCCCGCUCUCAUUCCAAAUUGCAUUCUCCAUUAGUACCAUUACCAUCUCGUACUUCUUCUUGUUGGUUUGUAUUUUCUUCUUUAAGACGGAUUCAUCAAGAAGUUAGUACCUGAUGUGCGAGAAUGCAGCAAGUAGAGAAGUCAGUCGUGUACUGAAUAUCCUCUAAUUCUGGCCGCAAGAACAGUCGGUCGCCAUCGCCAGUUACAAUUAAGAAAAAAUGAUGGAUCUCAUAGACUUCUCAGUGGAGUUAGAGAAAGAGUUGUCAGACCGUCAGACCUGCUCAUGUUGAUAAAAACUAUUGCAACUUACCACGAAUAACAAAAAAUGAAAACGUCAAGUAUUUAAAUGUAGAAAAACUCGUAAAACGAGUGCAUUCAUUCUCUCAACUACCGCUACUUGCUUACUCGAAGAACAAUACUAAAGUUCUAACAUGCAUAUCGCGAAAGGGGGUACGGGAAUACCUGGAUCACCGAGUCAGCAUUCAGCAACAGCAUACGAGCUUGCGAGUCAGCCAGAUUCAGAAUCAACAUACACAGCCAUGGUCGGUUCCGGGAAGAAGAAGAGUAAGAAUAAAAACAAGUAAAAUCGUCCACGUCGUGGCUGGUUAUUUAUUUAUUUUGGUCGUGGUUAGUUCUGGUCCUCGUUUUAUUUUGUUGAAUUUACUUGUCACCUAUUUCACGCUGUGCAUUCGCAUACCAUAUCUUCUAUCACUCUCUUCACUCGCAUCAUCUAACUCGAUUGGGGGGAAGGGUUACUUUCCUUUUUCUUUGUUCAUUGCUCAUAAUACAAUUUGGCAUUGGCUGUCUACCUAACCUAACCAAUUGCAUUUCGUGAAUCGUGAAUCGUCGGCGUCAAAGAAGCAGUGCUCAACACCGGGCGUGGACACAUCAUGUCAUGAGGCGCAUACUGCAGCUGCACCAUAUAACAAAUGAAUCAUGCCCGCUUAUUGUGUGCAAGAAGAGCAACCGGAUCACGAUUCAUAAAAAUACAAGUCAGCCAUACCGACUUUCUCAUUUUUCGUGAAGUGCCACUUGUACCAUCAAGAUUCA